AACUUUCGUCGGCGUCGGCUCAGCCUUCUGCAGUGGCAGGCACAGCCCACACGCACGACAUGGCUACCACAUCCUCCUCACGACUCUUACGGCCCAAUGUAGCGGUGACAACACACUCGGAUGCUCUUUUUGCUUUCCUUGUCCCAUCAGUCCAAUUGGCGCGCAAUGCCCCGCGAGCAUGCUUCUCCACUUCGCCCGCACGAUGGAAGAGAGACAACAACAAGGACAGGGGAAACUCGGCUGUCAGGGCCACUGGCCUACGCGCUAGACAAACGCUGUCAGUUAAGAAGAAGGACUUUGAGAAGCAGAAACUACCGAAGCCCGUCAAGGUCGAGGAGAAGGUGACGGGCACCCCAGACCACGGACUUUGGGAUUUCUUCAAGGACAAGCAGCUUCUGCAGACACCAAUAACCGAACAGGAACACGGGAGAGCGUGGACCGUGGGCGAGCUGCGCGCUCAUGACUGGGACUCACUACACCAGCUGUGGUGGAUAUGUGUAAAGGAGCGGAACCGGCUUGCGACGGAGAAGAUUGAGCGCAAACGUAUCAAUGCUGGCUACGGAGAUGUGGAGAAUGCGAAUCGCGACCAGACGGUGCAGGAGACGAUGAAGGCAAUCCUCGACACCUUGGCCGAGCGACACAAGGCGUACCAAGAAGCUUUUGCACUGGCGCAGAAUGACCCUGAAAUUGAUCUUCAGAAGACUGAUGGGCCACAGUACACGCAGGUGCCAUAUGACCCGCUAGAGGAAGACGAGGCAGCACAGGACGCUCAGCAAGAGGCUAUAGUCGAAUCUGGCCCGAACGAUAUCACAUCAGCAGAAGCACGGCCAAAGGACAAGACCAACUAUGCAUAAAGUGGGUGUUUACUGUACGGUAUAAGCGCGGUGUUCACGCCGCAAUGGAGAGCAUGCACGGCCGCACCUUCAUAUACGUAUUGUACAUUAUGUCGCAUCUAGGAUGGCGGGUUGUGUGCGCUCGUGGGGUACAGGACGCGUACAUUUGAAGUGACAGGAUAGCCCAGGUAGAUAUUGUAGCAAGCUGCAGGUAGCACUCCUAGCAAGCCAUGAAGACGAUGAAAUGGUGAAUCGCACUAGUCUAGCAUAUGCCAAAACGCGAUAAGUUAUGAAAGUAAUGCUAGCAUAGA